AUGAUACUUUAUGGUAUUCUACUUCAAAGAGUAUAUACUCGUGCAAAACAGCUCGGUGCAACAGAAGAGAUUGUAGAAGAGAAAGUUGUUAGUCAACAACGUAUUAGAAUCAAUGGAGUUGGUCGUGGUGUACAACAAUACUUUCCAAUUACUUUUACCGAUUGGUAUUUCUCAGUGUUGAAGACGGUUAUCAAUACUUCGUUGAUCAACAUCGUCUACAAGUCGAUACCGAUACCCAUUACUCUGAUGGAGUAUGGCUAUGUCAGUAGUGGAAGUCCGGGAUUGCGUGACAGUGGUGGUAGCAUUGGCAAUUCUCCGAAAUCAACAUUCAGACGUUCUGCUUCACCUGCAAUGAAUAGUAGUGGAAAUGGAAAUAGUGGAAGUGGUGGAUACAGUGGAAAUGGUGGUAGUGGUGGAAUUGGUGGUGGUGGUAGUAGUAGUACUAGUCCAAUACAAAGUAGGAACUAUAGUCAACAACUACAACUACAACAACAAUUCAAUUUAGCGAAUUACUAUUUUAAUAAUACCGAUGGUGAUAAUAAUCAGAUGAUGAGUGAUCGAUAUCAAGAGAUUCAAUCGUAUCUCGUCGAAACCUAUUGUCGUACUGUAGACCGCUAUAAGAAAUUGCUUUUACUCCUCAAAUCAAGUCAACAAGGUGUACUAGGUGAUCUUGUAAACAUUCCACCAUUGAAUAUUCCACCAUUGACCACCGUAACUCUAAACAACACCUGGAAGUCUGCACGAACACCAACUUCAACUGUAAAGUCACCACGAAUAAACAAUAACAUCAAUAACAACAACAACACACAAACAACAAACAACAAUAAUAACAAUACAACAACAACAACAACUACUACUUCUACAACAGCUACUGUAAAAUCUACAAACAACAAUUUAGCUAGUGUUGUCACUUCAGAGAUUGAAAAGUUAUCGAUUGCCGAUGAUGGUGUUGUUGAUAUUGAGAAAGAACGAAAAACAACGGCAACAGUGACAGUGACAGCAGACGAUGAAGUGGGUGCUGAAGACAUCGAUGCCGAUAAUGAGGUGUUUAGCAGUAGUUUCGGCAGUAUCGCCAGUGGUAAUGGUACGAUUGGAAGUAGUGUUGAUAGUAGUGCUGUAAAUUCACCGGACAACAAGUUGAUUGCUAGUGCUGUUGCGGCGUCGUCAUCGUCAUCACAACCAUCGUCCACCAAAUCAUCGAUUGGCUCACUCAACGAUCUCGAAGAAAUACCGAUAUGGAAACGAAUCUUUGGAAAUCUCCAAAAGAUUGCCGACCAACUCUACACGCUCUGGGAAAACUACGUCAAGAUAUUCCUGCUGGUUGCACGCGAGCACUGCUUCAAGCUGGCGCUACAAUACGAGAACAAAUGCAUCGAACGCUGGGAUCGUAGAACCCAACACACCACCCUCCACAUUCAAGAUCUUCACGAUCUUUUAUUAGUUGAUUCUUCUCAACAAUUACAACAAUUAUCAAGUCCACCAACAUCUAGUUUCAUUCAAGCGUAUUUCCAGUUUAAACAGCUAAAGAUCGAGUCGAUUCCCGUCAAGAUGGACUCGGUCUACGAUUCACUGCCGAUUUUCUUUGAGCACAAGAUCAAGUUUCACCAGUUUCCUACGUCGCCCGUGAAAGAGUGCGAUCUGAAGCGACUCGAGGAAGAGGCGCUCAAGAAGAUACAGGAGGAACAGGAGCAGAUCACCGAGGAGCUCAAUCAACAGCAUCUUUCGGCGAGUAGCAAGAGGUUCAUGUUCUCUAUCACCAACACACCUGGCAGACACCUCUUUGUAUUCGUACACGGUCUCUCUGGAAACAGCUACGAUCUCCGACAAUUCAAAAACUACUUUUCCAUCCACUUUCCAAUGGCACUCUACCUGAUCUGUUCAUCGAUCGAGGAGAACACUCUCGACGACAUUCAACAGCUAGGCGAGAAGAUUGCAACCGAAGUAUCGGGUUAUCUACAAGAUAAUCUAUUUUAUAAUAUAACAAGAAUAUCAUUUGUUGGACAUUCUUUAGGAGGAAUAGUUGUAAGAAGUGCUCUUACAUCUAAUAAACUUAAGGAACAUCUUUCAAAGUUACAUACCUAUGUUUCAUUGUCUUCACCACACCUUGGCGUCAAGUUUUCAGGUUCGAAUCUUGUACCGUCUGCUAUGUGGGUUUGGCAGAAGUUCUCGAGCUCUACUUGUCUAAAGCAAUUACUUAUGCAAGAUACCAAUGGUCCACUAACAGAUUGUUUCCUUUAUAAAUUAAGUGAAUCUAAAUCACUUGAGCAUUUCAAAUUUGUUAUUUUAGUUGGUUCCGAACAAGAUGGUUACGUUCCUUUCCAUUCCGCAAGAAUAGAACUACCAAAAGAAUCACUUAAAGAUAAAAGUAGGACAGUUGUAAAAAAGAUGUUACAAAAUAUAUUAUCACCGAUCAAAGACAAACCAAUAGAGUAUUCAAAAUAUAAUUUACCGAUUGAAUCGAUGAUAAAGUUGAAUGUUAUUUUCGAGUCGCACAAAGGUGUCGAUGGUUAUGAAAAAAGAUUAAUGAUUUUCAGUGUUCAUGAGUCAACUACUAUAGUCGAUUGGAAGAAAGAUUGA